CGAAUGAAAUACAAAGGAAAAAACAGAUUUUGAGCCAAAACAAACCUAGCAUAUUUUAGCGUCUGCAGCGAUUUGUAAUUGUCAGUAUUCGUUGAGCGUCCAAGCAGUGUAUAACGAAAAUUCAAUAUGAAUAUCCACCGAAAGAAGCUAAACAUGAAUGAACUGAUGAUGAUUUUAAUACCAGUGCUCAGUUUGUUGACAUCCAGUGUUCUGUGCGAUUCCCAAUUGUAUCAACCGCAUGAAGUUGAAGUUGAGCAUAAUUCACACUUACCGGUUCAGCCCGAGCUAGUGCGAGUCUUCCACGGCUGCCACAAAAAGUCCGGUUCAUUCGAUCUCUGCAUGAAGAAUGCAUUCAACGAGCUGCGACUAUACUUCAAAAGUGGUUUUCCAGACAUUCAUGUUGCUCCGUUCGAUCCGCACAAAUCACCACAUGUAGAGCAACGACGAGGAUUGACUUUUGGCAGUGGUAGCGGAUAUCGACUUAUAUUGAGACAUGUAUCGGAAUACGGUUGGACCAAUUCUAAAGUUACCAAAUACAGAACGGACUUUGGGAACAAUCGAAUCAUCUACUCACAAGAUUUCCCAGAGAAAAGUCUUGAUGGUGAAUACGAAUUCAAAGGUUUAAUGUUCGGACGACCAUAUGUAACUAAGGGCUUUUGGAAUAUGACACUCUAUGACUAUGCUCAAACAACAAGUGUUACUCGAGUUGGUGGACCCGGUGGAAUACUGAAAGUGCGUGUCGAAAUUGAUAAAAUUGGCGAUUUAAAGUUGAAAAUUUCGGAUUUGUUCGGUGGACGCAAGAUUAUUGAAAACACAGCCGAUUUCUUCAUAAACAAUAUGUGGCGACCCGGAUUUCCAUUUGUUCGGCCGCUAAUCAACGAUUUGGUUUCAACCGCAUUCACAGAUAUCUUCAAUGAGUCAUUUAGGUACUUCCCUGUAGACGAUUACAUCAAAGAGUGAUAUUGGAAUUUUUUUUUAUUAUUUCGUGUGUGUAUAUUUUGUGUAUAUAUUGUUUAUAGAUGGUAAAUUGCGAUGUUUUUGUGUCUUUUGAAUAGAGUGUUAUUUAAAAAAAAAAGUGUGAAAUAAAUUGUUUAAGAAGAAAUUCCCAAAGUUUUUCUUUCCUCUGAAGAAUAC